AUGCCCUUAGGGCAGCUAUUUAUUUAUUUUUUCUUUAAAAAAUAAAUAGAUCAUCCGCAAAUUACAAAUGAUUAACUUUUGGACAAGCCCUUGCCACCUUAAAGACCAAUUUUUUUUUUCACCUUCUACUUGCUAAAGAAGUCUUGACAAUACUUCCAAUCCUAUAAUGUAUAGGAAAAGAGAUAAAGAAUUUCCUUGUCUCAAACCUCUUGAUGGUUUGAUAAAACCAAAAAUUAAGAUUGGGAAUAAGUAAAAAGAGUUGCACUCCCUAAGUAAUCCCAACUAUUGGUUGCCUAAUGCAAGACAUAUUACUAACCUGAAUAGAAAGCUCCACUCCAUUCUAGCAUAGACCUUCUCCAUAUCCAAAAUGAAGCUACCAAUACAAAAGGCACACUACCCCAACACAAAUAACCAAGGUAGUCAUCAUACAAGUUCACAUAUUUGCAACAAAAUUAUUAUCCCACAUGCAUGUUGGUUCUCAAUUGUCCUUACAUUACGGCUUUUUUUAACUAUUUGAGACUCUACUGGCAAUUAUGUUCUGUGAUGUCAUUUUUUUUAAUGGUUUUGUUGGUGUAUAUCUUCUUUUCAAAUUCCAAAUAGCAUGUUCAAUGCCACCUGUUUGAGGAGGGAAGUUAUUUUAUAAUAUAUUUUCCAUAUAUUUUAUUAAUCUAAAAUUUGAUAUCAUUGUAUCCUUGACUUUAGCCUCAAUCAUGAAUAUUUGCCUAUCUAAUUAGUCAACAAUGAGGUCUACACUUACACUACAUAUUCUACCAAAAAAAAAAAAAAAACACACACACACACACACACACAAUAUACAUCAAAGCACUUACAACCACACCUAAACUCAUACUCAAUUUCAUAACUUGCUUGGGUGUUAUUUUGUGAUUGGAUUUCAAUAGUUACACAUAGGAUUCACACAUAAACUUAAUAAAAAAUAACAAAAAAUUUGGGUGCACCAAUCACAAGGUGACAUUUAACUAUGUUAUGAAUUUGGGUGUGGUACUAAACUUUCUCCACUAAGGUGCACAUUUAUUCCCAUCACUCUGUUUCUCUGGCAAAAAUGGCCCAUUACCAUCAAUUUUGGAAAUAAUUUGCCCAAAAACACUGUUUCUGAAGUAUAUAGCCCGCUUUCUCGGGUACUCGAGCUCAGAGCUCGAGUACCAUGUUUUUUUAAUCCACCCUGACCUGCUGACAUGUGAGGUACACAGCCCUAAAAACACACUAUUAUCUCUCACUUCUCACUCUCACUUACCCAGAACACACUCUCACUCUCACUUACACCUAAACAUACAAACCCCAAACCCUCACACCAUCGGCGGCAGAAAACCCUUCGGCGGCGACCUCUCAGCUCUCUCACUGUCUUAAGAGACUGAAACGACGUCGUUGUGAUCUGUUUCGUGUAUCGAUGAUGGUCGGGGGAGUGGAAUCGUGGUCUCCGUCGCCGUCGCCUUUAAGGGAGAGGGGAAGGGAAAGCGGUGGUUGUUGGAGGAUCGAUGGUAAUGGACUUUCCGUUGGAUGACAGUGGUGCGACGGCGUUUUCGUCCUCCUCUUCUUCUUCGCCCUUUCUCCACCCAAAUUGCCUCGCAGGCUUCGCCGGAGACUCUCGGAGUUUAAGUCCCCGCAGAACUGUACUGUCGAAGAUAUCGAAGCGAAGCUCCGCCACGCUGAUCUUCGCCGCCAGCAAUGCGAUGGGAAAUUGUCAAACAAGGCUCGAGCAAAGCCCAGAAGCCCAUCACGGUCCUCAUCUAAUGAGGAAGAUCUUGGUUAGCGCCUUGAAGCGAAGCUCCAAGCUGCUGAGCAGAAGAGUAAUCCAUUAUGGGCAGCAAGUUGGUGCCGAGUUCAGUACAACAAAGUGAGCUGAGCGUGUUAACCAUGUCCAACCUCGACAUCAUGAACCACAUUUACGCAACCCAUGUUCAUGGUGACGAAAAGUUUGAUGUUGAGUCUCUUUUCGUUCUCGUCGAAAACAUCCUUAAGCGUGCCACCCUAAUUGUUGACCAUGUUGCACUGGUACACUACCAUAAUUCUUUAUUAGAAUAAGAUGCUCUCUCUCUCUCUCUCUUGUUUAUUUUCUUUUUCCUAAAACGGAAUUUUAACUUGGACUGAAGCAUUCCAUAGUUUGGAAUACACUAUAGUGAGGUAGGGUAGCCAUUACUUUUACCAAAGAAAUUGAAAAACCACUUCAGCCUUAACGAAGUGGAAUAAGCACACAAGGUUGCUUUACAUUUUUGUUUCUUUAAA